AUGCAAAUUAAGAUAUUUCUAACCACAAUCUUGGAUUUAAUAUUGUGCCUUCCCAAGAAAUCACACCUAAAGAUCACCAGAAAGCUGAACAGGAGGAACCCCUUCAUGUGGAUGAAAACUUGCCUCCAAAUGAACAACUUCAUGCAGAAAGAAGAAAUUCCAGGUCAUCUACCUCCAGUCGUGCAUCUCCACGUGAUUUUUCACCUGCUUCAGACGAUGACCCAAGUUACUUACCAUUAA